AGGAGCCGGAAGCGCCGGGCCGGAAAGGGGAUGACGGCGGCGGCCUCUCUAGGCCGUCAUGUCUAUGGUAGCAGCCAUGGCAACCACGGCGGCACCGCCCGGGAGGCCGCUCCGGCCCCGAGUGCCGUGCCUGGAGAUCGGGCCGCCGGCUGGGAGAGCAGCAGGAGCGGCAGAGACGGAGCCUGGCCGGCUGUGGGCGCGGGUGAGCGCGCCUGGGAGACGCUGCUCGGUGCCAUGGCAGAGGCUCUGCCCGAGCCCACGGUGAGGAAGAAAAAAAGCAUAUCCAUCGAGGAGAAAAUCGACAUCAUAAGCGCCGUGGAAAGCGGCAAGAAGAAGGCGGACGUUGCAGCCCAGUACGGCAUCAAGAGGAACUCCUUGUCUUCGAUUAUGAAGAAUAAGGAAAAAGUUUUGGAAGCCUUUGAAACUUUACGGUUUGAUCCUAAAAGGAAAAGACUGAGGACUGCUUUUUAUGCCGACCUGGAGGAGGCAUUGAUGAAGUGGUACAGAAUUGCACAGUGCUUGAAUAUGCCGGUCAAUGGCCCUAUGUUGCGCCUGAAGGCGAAUGAUUUUGCCCAGAAACUUGGACACAGUGAUUUUAAAUGCAGCAAUGGUUGGCUCGAUCGUUUCAAGUCGAGGUAUGGUUUAGUUUUCAAAGCUCAGCCUGUAGAAGCAGCUGCUACUCCUACAGUGGGUGCUCCAACUCCUUGGUGCCAGAAUGUGCUUCCUUAUUAUUUCAAUGAUUAUCGGCGAAAAAAUGUGUUUUACAUACAGGAGACUGUGUUGUUGUAUCAGAUGUUACCACAUAACACUUUUGCAUUUAAAGGGAAAACUUGUUCUGUGGGUAAACAAAGCAAAGAGAGCAUCACUGUAGCGGUGGGUACAAAUAUGGAUGGCUCUGAGAAACUCCCACUCCUCAUUAUAGGAAAAAGUCCAUGCUCUUUCAAAGAUGUGAAAUUGCUGCCAGUGGAUUAUGAAGCAAAUGACAGGGCGUGCAUGACUUCAGGAAUCUUUGAACAGUGGAUGCAUAAACUUGAUAACAGAUUUCAAGCACAGCAGCGCCGUGUGGUUAUUCUUGUUGAUUCUCUCCCAGCUCACACAGAAGUAAAGAACCUGAAGUCUGUCAAAUUAGUGUUCUUUCCUCCAGACUCCUCUUCAUAUAUAGCUGUGAAAGAAAGGAUUAUCAGAAGUCUGAAGGUUAAAUACAGGCACUGUCUUAUCAAGAGAUUUGUUGACUGUGUAGAAAGUAAUAAAGAGUUUAUGCUAACCCUUCAUGAUGCAAUUGAGAUGCUGUACCUGUGCUGGAGGGAAGUAACACCAGAGACUAUUGUAAAAAGUUACAAUGGAGCAACUUUCAAAUUAGAAACUGAGACAAGUGAUAAUAACAAUGAGGUUGAAAGUGAUUUUGAUUUGAUUGCACAUGCAAGGGCAGCUGGAGUAGAGUUUCCAGAAGUUUUGUCUUUGGAUAAAUAUGCAGCUCUAGAUAAUGGCUUGGAAACUUAUGAAGUGCCCACAAAUAAUGAAAGGAUGUGUGCCAAAGAAAGUGCAUCAGAAAAAGCUGAGACAGUUGUUGGUGAUGAAGUUAAGGAUGAAGGCAGUCGACUUCAGGGAGCUGAACAGCUUUUACCGUCCAAAAAUGAGGCUUUGAGUGCUUUAGAUACCCUUCGAAAGUUUCUCGGAAGUCAAGAGACAGAUGAUUCUCUCUACGAUUCCUUAUCUGACUUGGAGAAUUUUAUUCAACAUGUAGUAUGUGAAUAAAUAUUUUAGCAAAGUGGGAAAGCAUGUAAUUGAAAAAAAAAUAAAUUCUAUAAUCAAAGAUAGGAAGUUUAAUAACAAGCAUUGCUUAAUGCUUGCUUAAAUGUUCUCUGGUGUGUUUUGCUCAGGUGCCUAGAUGAACAUAACAAAACUAUGAAAAAGGGCUAUGAACUGAAAUUUUCCACAAAAUCAGGAGCAAAUAACAAAUAUUUGAGGUAGAGAGAGGGAGUAAGCUGAACCUUUAAAAUACUAACUGUAGUAAGUACAGUGGAGGCAAAAGAAAUUCUUCGAGCGGUUUUGGUGCGCUCAGGAUAAACUGUUGACCACCUGGAAUUCUUUCUUCAAGAAGAAACUAGCACUUUUAUGCAUCAAUAAUUUCACUGGCAUUUUGGGGGUUUUCACAGUGGAGUAGUAAAUAUUAUGACCUUGGUGCUUUUGAUACAUAAACACAAAAUUGAAUUACACAGAAAAUACUUGCUUAAAUUCUGAGAAGGCAUUUUAAAAAGAAAUAUUUUUUUCCCUUCAUCAAGAAUUCUGCCUAUCAUUUACUUUUGCAGUGGGUGAUAAACAGCAGAAAGUUACCACAGCUUUGAAUGUGUUUUUUUGUUUUCUUAAAACCGCUCAUAUGUGGAUACACUUGAAUGGCAUAAUAAUUUAUCCAAGAGUCAAAAGACAAACAAACCUUUACUUGGUCUUUGAAGAGGUCAAAAAAGGAAGGUCGAUCUCUCCUUUUCAGCCUUUUUGGUGCAUAGUUUGAUGUAGGUCUUCCUGUGCACCUCCAUGUAUUUCUACAGUAAAUUCAGAAAAAAACCCAACAGUAUCUGCAGUAAAAACCUCACUGAGCUCUUGUUUAAUUUUCAGUUCUUGGAGGCUUUGCUGUAGGAUUCAAUGCACUAAUGUGAUUUAUCACUACAAGCCCUAUUAACAAGGGUGCUGUUUGCAUGAUUUCAGUGUGAAGUUCUGUAAGUCGUGGUACAUUUGCAUGUCUUUGAGUAUGCAUUUCAAACAAUGUAAUCAUAUCAGAGCCAAAACCCUUAGUGUAUCUGACCUUCUGGCUUUUUUCAGAACCUGUUUUAAAUCUAUUCCAUAUCUAUAAAUUAAUUUUUUUUUCAGAAGUUGGAGAUAUUUAUUUUUCUAAUUUAGAUGAAGAAGCAAAUAUUAUAUGGACGCCCUUUCAGAAGCCUGUAAUAAAAAAUCUAUUAUGCUGUCUGUAAUUAAACCAUGAGAAAAAAAUUUCAUGCAUUUGUGAAUCUUCA